AUGAAACUUCAAGUUACAAUUCUUUUGUGCUUAUGCCUUGCCAGUUCGUCUUCUCUCCGUCAAUGGCCAAGAUUUUGUGGAUCUCGUCUGACUAAAUUUCUUGCUGAACAAUGCCCACAAGCAACUAUGGAAUGCCCCGAAACAGAUGAUGAAGAACUUAGUCUAGUCUCACAAGUCGUUGAUUGUUGUCUGAAGCCAUGCAGUAUCGAAGCAGUUCGCCAACUCUGUUGCACCUACGCCAAGGAGCAGAUGGGAGCUGCAAAGCCCGUAAAAUUUACUGCAAGUGACAUCUAUAUGCUGAAGGAAGGAACUAAUUCUUGA